AUGAGUGGAAAAGGAUACUCGGACACCUAUGUCCAAGGGCCUGAACGAGCAAGAUGGCCUCCGCUCACGAGGAUGCUGAUGUCCGGUGAAAUGAGUGGAGAGCCACCAAGGGACAUGACGAUGAAGGAGAAGUUUGAUCGAUGGAUGGUCAAUGAGGGCUGGAGAAGACUCACCGUGGCCGUAUUCAGCUUGGCGCAUUUGAUGAUAUUUGCUUUUGGCUUACUGCAUUAUGGGCUCAAGGCAACUGUCUGCCGCACUCUUAUUUCGCUACUGCGACAGACGCCCUUAAACGGUAUCAUUCAAUUUGUGGUGGCUUGGUCCAUCGUCACUUUUUCCUGGGUACACACCGUUGCUCACUGGAGUAACUAUGCCCAACUUGCCGCGAAGCAAGGACUUGGGGUUUCCGGUUUCCUCCUAGCCAACGUUGUUACUGGACCCGGCUGGACCGGGUACAUAAUGUUAUUCGCAUUAAUGGCAAUGGUGAUAACAUCUAUUGGGAAAUUCCGCCGAGCCAACUUUGAACGGUUCUGGUAUACACACCAUCUAUUCGUCGUCUUCUUCGUUUUCUGGGCUUUCCACGGAGCAUUCUGCAUGAUCAAGCCUGACUUUCCGCCUUUUUGCUCCGGCAUCGGUGUGUUUUGGAUGUACUGGAUCUAUGGUGCAGCAAUGUAUUUGGUGGAGAGGCUGCUGCGUGAGCUACGCGGACGGCAUAAGACGUAUAUCACGAAGGUCGUACAGCACCCAAGUAAUGUGGUCGAAAUUCAGAUGAAGAAGGAGAAAACAAAAACCCGGGCCGGUCAAUACAUUUUUCCUUUUGUGCCGACGAUAUCCGUGUGGCAGUACCACCCGUUCACGCUUACAAGCGCCCCUGAGGAAGAUUACAUUUCCGUGCAUAUUCGAUGCGUUGGAAACUUCACCAAGGAACUCGCUCGGACUCUAGGAUGCACCUUCGACGAAGGCAAAGGCGGCAAGGGUGGUGGUAAGGGUGGCAAGGGCAAGACUGGCGUGAUCGGCGUCAACAAUCAGACGGCAUCGGACGAUGUCGACCCCAGCAUCCGCCGCGUUCUACCCAGAGUCUACAUCGACGGGCCAUUCGGCAGCGCGUCAGAAGACGUUUUCAAGUACGAGGUUGCGGUUUUGGUAGGCGCUGGCAUCGGCGUGACUCCGUUUGCAUCCAUCUUGAAGAGUAUCUGGUACCGGAUGAACUACCCGCAGACCAAGACGCGGUUGCGAAAGGUUUAUUUCUUCUGGGUAUGUCGAGAUUUUGGCUCGUUUGAGUGGUUUCAGUCCCUGCUUCUGGCUAUCGAAGCGCAGGAUAAAGCCAAUCACAUUGAAAUCCAUACCUAUCUCACGGCCAAAAUUCGCCCCGACGACGCUACGAACAUCAUGAUCAACGACGCCAACGCCGAACAAGAUACCAUCACCGGCCUGCGCGCGCCAACCAACUUUGGCCGACCGAACUGGGACAUGGUGUUCCGGUCCAUUCGAAAGCUGCACACGCCCGCCGAGGCGGGUGUGUUCUUCUGCGGGCCGAAACCGCUGGGGAGCGUGUUGCAUGUGAAAUGCAAUAUGUACUCGGAGCCUGGGUUCCAUUUUGUGUGGGGAAAGGAGAACUUUUAA